CCCUCUUUUCUUCAAUGACGGGGCUCUUGCCGAAGUUUGAGAACUUUGGAGUCCUUUUAAAGAGCGUGGUUGAGGCCUGGGAGAGGGCAGACCUCACCACCCACGCCAGUUUCUCGACUCCAACGCUGUCCUCAGCAUCAUCUGCAUCACCUGCAGUAAGCACGGUUGAUCAAAGCGAGACAGGUUUUGCGGAAUUCGAAUUUUGUCCGUCAGACUUUGGAGGCCGUGAAGCUCAUUUAGUUAGAUGGCCUAAAGGCCGCGAUUUGGUCAUCGAGCAUUUCUGACAUCCCCAAGAUUAGUAGCCAGUUUGAAGUAUCCAGGAAUGGCAGUCCCGGAAGUUGACCAACAAAUGCUCAAGGAACUUGAAUCAAUGGGAUUUCCAACUGCACGUGCAACUAGAGCGCUUCAUUAUUCUGGUAAUUGUAGUAUUGAUGCAGCCAUAGACUGGGCUGUGGAACAUGAAGAUGACACAGAUAUUGACCAGAUGCCUUUGGUGCCUCUGAACAUCACUAUUGAAAGCGGCAAACCAUCACUAAUUUCAGAGGCAGUGAAGGUUAAAGCACAAGAACUACGGGAAAAUGUUCUUAAAAAGAAAGGAGAAGAAAAAAAAUUAGAAAAAGAAAGAGAGAAGGAAAGAAUACGAGUGGGUAAAGAGCUUCUGGAAGCAAAGCGAAUUCUGGAGGAAAAUGAAAGAAGAAGAAUGCUAGCAUUGCGUCAAGCAGAAAAGGAGGAGGAGAAAAAAGCUAGAGAGAAAAUUCGCCAGCGGUUAGAGGAGGAUAAGGCAGAAAGAAGGCGAAUGCUCGGGUUGCCACCAGCAGACCUUAAAGCUGUGAAAGUCACCAAACCUCCUCUGCAGGAAACGAAUAGGUUUCUACCGGUCAAGCCUGCUAGAAAGGCAGCGCGCAUGAGAGAUUGUUUGCGAUCUCUCAAGAAGAAUCACAAGGAUGAGGAUGUUAGAGUGAAAAGAGCAUUUCAAACACUUCUUAUAUAUGUGGGAAAUGUUGCAAAAAAUCCAGAUGAAGAGAAGUUCAGAAAGAUCCGUCUCAGUAAUCCAACUUUUCAGGAUAGAGUUGGCAGCCUUAAAGGAGGCAUUCAGUUUCUUGAGCUAUGUGGUUUUGAGAAGCUUGAAGGGGAUGAAUACUUAUAUUUGCCUCGGGACAAGGUGGACAUGGUGGUCCUUAAGACGGCAGGAUUGGAGCUGAAUGCUGCCAUAACCAACCCCUUCUUUGGUGUUUUCUAAGCGGAACACAUCAUCUAUAACUUGGAUGGUUUUGUUGUUUUUAUUAAACAUGGUUUCAACUUGGGGAGUUGUGAAACAUUAGCAUGAGGGGCAGAUUGUUGACUGGGGAAGAAAUAAUUUCAAGAGAACAAAGUGCUAUGAUUUUAAUGUCUACAGUUUGUGGUCUGUCUUUGACCCUGUUCAGUGGGUUUCUGAGUAUAUGGGAAA